UCUCCUGGUUCACGGUCAAAAUCAGUGAAAAACGCUCUUGUUCACUCCAACAUUUGGAUGAGAGAUUCCGAGCUGUGGAGACAUUCAGCUGGUCAACAGUUCACUGCUCACACUGCAGGCAUGCGGUUUGUGAUCCUUUUGGCUUUUCUGAGUGGGGUUUUAGCCGCCCCGUUUGUGAAGGAGGAGGAUGCAAAGCGUUUCAUCAGGCUGAAGAGACAGUCAGGAUACUGGGAUCCACACCACCCCCAGAAUCAGUGGGGCUACACCAUUCAGGAGCAGGCAAACGAGUAUUGGACAGCCAUACGAACAGACGCUCAGUACUACAUGGACAUGAGUCACCUGAUGUUUGACCGCUCUGUGGCUACGGAAAACAACAGACUGUAUAUGGAGAUGCUGCGUAAUGCACGAGCUCACCUGGAUAGCCAUACGGGGGGGACAUAGAUAGAAACCUAUGAGAGAAGGCAGAGACAUUAAGAGAUCUCAAUCUCAAUCAAGAACUCAG